UCAGCCCCCGCGGCCCGGCCCUUCCGGACACACCAAGAUGGCGCAGCCGGUUCUCCUCAAGGAUACGAAGCUGAUGGAUGUGAAGCUAGGCCAGCUUGGCAGCUGGCUGGCCAUGAGGGACUUCACCCCCGGCGGCAUCAUGGGGGCUGUUCGAAGAGGUUAUGACAGAUACUACAACAAAUACAUCAAUGUGAAGAAGGGAGGCCUCGGGGGUAUCUCCAUGGUGCUGGCUGGGUAUAUUGUGCUCAGCUAUAUGUGGAGCUACAGUCACGUGAAGCAUGACCGCAGGAGGAAGUACCACUGAAACACCAUCAGAAGGUGAAAGUGCAGCUCCUGGCACAGCCAUCCUGACAGAAGACAUCACAACUUUGGAUAUUAAAUCUGUUCUCUUGUGACCAAUAAUAAAGUGCAUCCACUUUACAUUUCCUGAGCUGACACUCUCCUAAUUGAAUGGUUAAUUGUACUGUGCAGAUACAUUUGUCUUCAGAGAGUUUCACCCCUCAGGGUAAGUUCAGAGGGAAAGCAGCUGCUUCAUUGGUUGUAUUAUGAACUGGGGGAACUAUUGCAACUGAUUCCUGUUUGUAAAAAUAAAAGCACUGCAUUGCUUCUUCCUGGCCUUUAUGUACAGGCUAGACAAGGGGCUGAGGGGAUGUGUUUUGAUUUCAAAGAGUAUCUGAGCUUUGGGUGGUCUGUUGGUGUUUCUGGUUCUCAGUCAGGCUGUCAUCGGGGACUGGAGGUAUCUGGGCCUUUACGAUCAUUGCAGAGCAGUGUUUGAGAUGGGACAGGUCUGCAACUCCCCUUUUGUCCCUGCCUUGGAUAACCCAAAAUUUCCAUCAAAACUCGACCCUCUUUCAUUGCCUAAGCUGGGAGGUUAUUCUGAAUGGGAAUAAGCUUCAGAUUUUUAAUCCAUCAAAUAAA